UUAAACCUAAUUGUUAGAAAAGUAAAUGGACGGCAAACAUUGGCGUUUGUUGAUUUUUUCGAUAAGGGCUGUAAUGUUUCUGAGCUAAUGGUCCGGGGCAUUCCGGUCAGCUGUACAUAAAAGAAGCGAGCCGAGGGGCCGCAAGACCCCCAGCUGUGCCACGAGACAGCGAGUCCCAGAAGACGAAAGCAGCCUCCAGAACACUUCACUUUCCGAAAUCCACAGGUAUAUCUCCCCGAACAUGGAUACUUCCCGGUUGUCUCUUCUUCUCUUUGUCAUACUUGGCCUCGCCCUGGUAAACAGUCAAGAAGAUGACAGUAGGGUGGUUCCUGUAGAAAUGGAGGGAUUCAGACCUGUGGAGAGGCGAUACGCUGAGUCUACCAUUGCCAGUGACAUCAGUAAGAUUGUUGAUUCCAUGGCUCAGAAGAAUUUUGUCAAUUUCCUUCUGAACAGAAAAGAAAAGAAGAGCAAACGCACCUUGACUCCAGACCAGAUUGACUCCCAUUCUCUGUUGACUGACCUGAUCAGACAGGACUUCGUGGAAUGGAUUUUCACCAAAAUCAUCCAAGACAGGGCUGACUGACAAACAAUCCAAAAGGGAAAUUAAAAAAAAAACCUAAAGAAACCAAAAUGUUAUACAUGUUCU